AUGAUGUUCAUGGUUUCGUGGUUGGAUUUUGGAAGAUACUGGUGCAUGCAAUUGGUCAGUUUCAACAGCAUGGCAGGCUAUCAUAAUGAUGAUGUCGAUAGUGGUGGAGAUAAUGAAGAUGUUGAUAUUAAUGAUGAUGGUGGUGGAGAUAAUGAAGAUGUUGAUAUUAAUGAUGAUGGUGGUGGUGGCGAUAAAGAUGAUGUCGAUUGUGGUGAAGAUGAAUAA